ACACCACCCCACGCGCGACGAGCCAUGACGCGUUUGGGCGAGGCAUGCUGGAGUCGCGCAGUGCGAAUAGAGAGCCGGUGAACGCGCUGUCACCAUGGAGGCCGAUUGGGACGAGCUCGCCAUCGUCCAGCUGCCUCCACACGGCCCGCACCAGCCUGCGACGCCCGUAGCUACCUUCGCCUUCGAUACGUUGCAAGAGCUGCUCUGGACCGGGAACAACUACGGCCGCAUUACCUCCUUCUUCGGAGCCACCCUCGAACGCUACACUUCGUACCGCGGCCAUGCGCCCGCCGAAGGCACCGUCGGUGCCGUCAAGCAAUUGCUCUUUACCGACAAAGGCGUCCUCUCCGUCUCAGAGCAUAGCGUGCACUAUGCCACCCGGCGCGGCCUCACGCAAUGGCAUUUGACAAACGCCGACUUCACGGAGCUCCGAUGCAUGAACUUCACCUCCAAGGGCACGAGGGAGAUACUGGUAGCGGGAUGCCAGGAGAAGAUGUUCAAGGUGGACGUGGAGAAGGGCACCAUUGUCGACACGCUCGUCGCCGACGCCCAAUACACCAUCAUGAAACGCGCAGGCGGAUACAUAUGCGCUGCCACCAACAACGGCGGCAUACACAUCCUAGACUCUGGCUCGCUCUCUGUCGUCAAGAUCUUCGAUGGACACACCGGCAGCAUCAGCGACAUGGACGCUAAGGGCGACUUUCUCGCUACAUGCGGCUGGUCACCGAGACAGCAGUUUGGCUUCAUGCUAGAUCCUUUCACUCAUGUCUUUUCUCUCAAGACGCUCAAGCAGCUUCCCCCCAUUCCAUUCCACACCGGCGCCGCUUUCGUGCGCAUGCACCCGCGCAUGUCGACCACCGCCAUCAUUGCUUCGCAAGCCGGCCAGAUGCAGGUUAUCGACCUCAUGAACCCGGACUCGGCCAACUUGCGCCAGCUCAACAUGUACGACGCGUACCUCACAGGGUUGGAGAUGGCGCCGUCGAGCGAGGCCUUUGUACUUUCCGACUCCAAUGCUCACCUUCAUCUGUGGGGAUCGCCCUCCAAGGUCCAUUUUCCAGAGUACAGUAAUCCCACCGAGUUUGCGGAUGCAGUUGUACCGCCACCGGCCAUGGAUUGGUCUUUAGAAACGCCCCUGAAUACGGUCGGCAUGCCGUACUACAAGGAACACCUUCUUUCUGGCUGGCCAAGUCAUAUGCUCUUCGAGGUCGGCGCGCCGCCGCCUAAAAUUGAUCCGGCGAUUCUCAGCAGCAUGACACGGACAGACAUGGGCUUCUUCGCAAAGAACCCCAAAACGAAGCGGCGGUAUCAAGUCGAGGAUACCCGGCAGUCAGACAGAGGGCCAGAGUCUCUGACGGCACCUAAAUUUCUGAGUGAAAAAGCGCGUGCGGCCCAGUCGUUGGGUGAAAUGGAGGCGAAGACAGUAGAGACCAUGGAGACGCUGACCGAUAUGCAUCUUGACGAUGUGACGCGGAAGGAUGUGCCAGCAAUGUACGGCAACGUGGAGAUCAAGUACAGCAGAUUCGGUGUCGACGAUUUCGACUUUGCAUACUAUAACCAAACCCCUUAUUCUGGUCUAGAGACCCACAUCACAAACUCGUAUGCUAAUCCCCUGCUGCAAUUAUUACGAUUCACCCCAUUAGUCCGCAAUCUGGCUCUCCGCCAUACUGCUUCGCCUUGUCUGUACGAGUCAUGUCUGCUUUGCGAGCUGGGCUUCCUUAUUGAUAUGCUCGAGAAGGCCGCGGGGCUGAAUUGCCAGGCAUCCAACUUUCUCAAAACAUUCAGCGGGCUGUCAAACGCAGUGUCGCUGAAUCUACUGGAGGAGUUUGCUCCGAACGUCGCACUCACCAGCAUGAUCCAGGCCUUCAACCGCUUUAUCCUGGACAAGAUCUCCGAGGAAUUUCGCCAGAUGCUCGGAGGUGCUGGUGGAUCAUCGCUCAUGGACCAGGUGCUAGAAACGCAGGCACGUGCAAGUAUGAGAUGCGCGCAAUGCAGCAAUGAGACCAUUAGAGGUGGUAGGACCUUUGUCAAUGAGCUCGUGUAUCCGGCAAAACAUGUCAUGAAGAACGCUCGAGGCCCACGGCCUACCUUCUCCCAGAUUUUGAAGAGUAGCGUGGAGCGUCAGGACCAGAUGAAGGGAUGGUGCACAAAGUGCAACCGUUAUCAGCAGAUGGUGCAGCGAAAAACCAUCCAGUCGAUACCCGGCGUGCUUAUGCUCAACGCGGCCAUCCAAAGCCACGAAGCUAAGCUCCUCUGGUCGAUACCCAACUGGCUUCCGCAGGAAAUCGGGAUCAUAGUAGAUCAAGGCCAAUUCUACUGCUUCGAGGGCCAGGAUUUGAAAUUGCACCUCCAGCGCGGCGUCUUCGAUAUCCUCGUGUACGAGCUCGUCGGUGUGGUUGCAGACAUCAACAGCGGGGAGCACCAGAAGCCCCAUCUUGUAGCAACCAUCAAUACGACGCCCUCCAACCGCGAGGCCACCGAAGCCACAGAAGACAAGUGGCACCUCUUCAACGACUUCCUCGUGCGUCCAAUCCCAAAGGAAGAAGCCCUUCGCUUCGAACCCAGCUGGAAACUCCCCAGCGUCCUCACAUACCAGCUCAAGACAGCCCGCGGCAAGAUCGAUGACGGCUGGAAAGAUAUCCUCGACACCUCGAUCCUCUACCGUUGGUGGUCCGCGAACCCGGCUCCUCCCUCAACCUCGUUCAAGCUCCUCGACCCCGCCAGCGAAACCCCCCGCCCCUCCUUCCCCGUCGCCAUCGACGCCGAAUUUAUCCGCCUCCAGUCCGAAGAGAUCGAAAUGAAAGCCGACGGCACACGCGAAACUAUCCGGCCCGACCGCAAAGGGCUGGCGCGCGUCUCCGUGUGUCGUGGCGAAGGGGAAAACGCAGGCCUCCCCUUCAUCGACGACUACAUCGCCGUCUCCGAGCCUGUGGUCGACUAUCUUACCGCGUGGAGCGGGAUUUCGCCAGGCGAUCUGAACCGCGAGACCAGCCCGCACGCCCUCGUCUCCCUCAAGCACGCCUACAAAAAACUCUGGAUCCUGCUCAACGCCGGCUGCACCUUCAUCGGGCACUCCCUCGCCAAUGAUUUCCGCACCAUCAACAUUCAUGUGCCCCGCGCCCAGGUUGUGGACACCGUCGAUCUCUUCUUCAAGCCGCAGCUACACCGAAAGCUCAACCUCAAGUUCCUCGCGUGGUGUGUCCUUAGAGAGGACAUCCAGGGCGGUAUGCAUGAUAGUGUAGAGGAUGCGGUGACGGCGCUGAAGCUGUGGAGGAAGUAUGAGGAGUUUGUGGAUGCGGGGGUUUUGGAGGGCAUGUUGAAUGAUAUUUACUCAACCGGGAGGGAGGUUGGGUUUAGGGCGCCGGGGGGCGCGCAGGCGACGUAUGGGCAUGGGAAGAAGGGGAGUGAGAGUGCAGGGGUUAGUGGGGGCGCGAUAAGUGGGGAGGAGGUAGCGGGUGGCUUGACGACGCCGAAGAAGCAGGGUGCGUUUGGGAGGGUGGGGUUCAGGAGUCCAAUGCGUGGGCCAGGCAGCUAG